AUGGGAAUUACAGCCGCCAAGGGAGGGAACAAGCACUUGAUCUCGGCCAUAGAUCAUUUCACCGAGUGGCCGGAGUGCAAGCCGGUGCAACAGGCAGAUGCGGCAACAGCAGCGGCUUUUGUAGCAGAAAAGAUCAUCUCCAACCAUGGCUGCCCCUUGUAUGUGUGUCACCCCAACAUCACGGGUUCUACCAUGGCGGAGUUUGAGGUGUGGGAGCUGUCGGAGCUGUCCACGGAGGAAGAAGCGGAUGCGGUGGCGGGGUACUUGUACAAGAGGACCUCGGAGAUGGAGUUGACGUUGGCGCAGGCUGCGGGGAACCAUGAUAGGGCACAGGAGAAGCAGAAAAUGGACUUUGACCUAAGGAGGACGAUGGUGUUGGAGAAGGAGAAGUUGGAAAAAGGGGACUUCAUUCGGAUCAGUCCGAGUAAGAGGGUGGCAUGGGAGAAUCAGAAACCAAAGUUCAAGACCCUAUUCAAGGUGAAGGAGGUGGAGCAGUUUCAUGUGGUGUUGGAGGAUAAGGCGGGAGUGGUAUGGAGGGAGUCUCGAGAGAACGUGCAGCUGGUGAAGUUGGUGCCUUAA